GAACAUUUAGAGUACAUGAUAGAGUAGUAGUAGAGGAGCACAGUGUGCUCUUACUUUGAAAACAUCUUUUUGAGGUUGUCCUUUUACAUGGAAGCAUCUUUUGUGAGUUUUUUAUCCACUUGAACAUGAAGGCAUUCCAGGUCCUGCUUGCUCUUCUCUUGACUGCUGCGGCGGCUGAUGGUCAGUCUUUCCACUUUGGCAGCUGCCCUCAGCCGUCGGUUCAAGAGGACUUCAACAUUACAAAGUAUAUGGGUACCUGGUAUGAAAUAGAGAAGCUGCCGGCAAAAUUUGAAAGAGGAAAAUGUAACCAAGCCACGUAUUCUCUUCUCGUUGAUGGGACAGUCAACGUUCACAAUGCAGAGUUGCUGUCUAAUGGGAAGAUAAAUUCAAUCGAGGGUGUUGCCAAAGUUAAAGACCCAUCUCAACCUGCCAUUCUGGGUGUCAGCUUCUUUAAAGGUGUUCCAGAUGCUCCCUACUGGGUCCUCUCCACAGACUACCAGUCAUAUGCUCUGGUGUACUCCUGUUCUGACUUCUUUGGCCUUCUCCACAUUGACUUUGCAUGGAUCCUGGCUCGCACUCGGAUGCUAACUGGGGACAUCAUUAGCAAGUUACAUGAUAAGCUGGCUGCUGCUGGUGUUAACGUAAGCCAUCUUACAGUCAGCAACCAGACUGGCUGUGAUAUCAUGAUCUGAAGCAUGAUCAGCAAAAUGAAACAUAAAAAAAGGUAUGGUGUAGCAUAAUACUUCACUGUCAAAUAUGAAGUUCAACACAAUGGUAGAAACACACCAGACAACAAUUGAUUAUUAAUUGAAUUGAUUCAGUGUUUUACAUCAGACGUACUGUUCAUAAGAUCCCACUGAUAAUUACA